AUGAUCGAUAGCCUUGUAACCGUGGUGGUGCAACCUACACCGACAGUACCUGAGGUUGUAGUUCAAGAAGAAGAGCCUGUCCCAGAGAGAUCCAUUGCAGGCUUUUGGCUUGAAAAGUUCAAUGCUGAUACCAUCAAGCAUUUGAUAGCAGGUGGUGUGGCUGGAGCCGUUUCGAGAACCGCGGUUAGUCCGAUGGAGCGUAUGAAAAUUUUGUUCCAAGUGCAGGGGCCUGAACCCGCCGCUUACCAAGGCAUCGUGCCUACUCUGACCAAGAUGUGGAGAGAAGAGGGUAUGAUGGGUUUUCUCAGAGGAAAUGGUACCAAUGUAGUUCGUAUCAUCCCCUAUAGCGCAACUCAAUUUGCUGCCUACGAACAAUUCAAAACUAUGUUGAUGGAACCUGGAAAGACAGAGCUGGAUACAGCCAGACGUCUAACGGCCGGUGCGUUGGCUGGCUUGGUGUCGGUGGCCUGUACUUACCCUCUUGAUAUUGUACGAACUCGCUUGGCUGUUCAAUCUGCGACACUCUCCGGUAACACCUCCACCACCACUAAUGCUAAGCUACCAGGAAUCGUUCCAACUAUGCUUCAAAUCUAUCGCAACGAAGGUGGUGUCUUUGGCUUAUAUCGUGGGUUAUGGCCCACUCUACUGGGUGUCGCCCCUUAUGUAGCUCUCAACUUCCAGUGCUACGAGGUGCUGAAGAUGCAUUUGUUGCCGUCCGAUCGGGAAGGCCCUACGGUUGCUCGCAAAUUAGUCUGUGGAGCGUUGGCAGGCUCGAUUGCCCAAACUGUUACAUACCCUCUUGACGUUCUACGAAGACGAAUGCAGGUUACUGGCAUGUCAAGCAUGCAAUACAAAUAUCGAGGUACAUGGGAUGCCACUAAGACCAUGGUUCGCAAGGAAGGCUUCCGCGGCUUGUACAAAGGCAUGAUUCCCAACUAUCUGAAAGUUGCUCCAGCCAUCAGCAUAAGCUUUGUGACGUACGAAUGGUGCAAGGAAGUAUUACACGUUCGAUAA